AUGUGUAGCAACGAAAGCCCUCCGGCAUCGAAAGAACCACUUGCAGUCGGUCUGUCCGUCAGUAAUUCUAUGUCUGGUUUUUUACCUGGCCUCGAACACUACCGAUUACAACUAUAUCAUUACGCAAUGGCUGAACGCAUUCGAUUAGCUCAACAUUUACACCCUCAGCAUCCGCAGCAAACAACUAAUCAAUCACCUGUUGUAGGACAAGCAGGAACAGGUCAUCUUGGUAUAAACUCAGGUUUUCCAACACCGUUACCCCUUUACCCUGUGGGAGCUGGAUAUUCACGUGGACUAGCAUUUUCUAUGGCUUUAUUACAACCACAUCACCAGCAAAUUCCUGAAGAACCAAAGCCCCAGCACAGUUAUAUCGGUCUUAUUGCUAUGGCCAUUCUCUCUUCACCAGAAAAGAAACUUGUGCUCUCUGAUAUUUAUCAACAUAUCCUUGAGCAUUAUCCUUACUUUCGGCGCCGUGGACCUGGUUGGCGAAACUCAAUUCGACAUAAUCUUUCACUUAAUGAUUGUUUUGUCAAGUCAGGUAGAAGCGCUAAUGGUAAGGGUCACUACUGGGCUAUACAUCCAGCGAAUCUAGAGGAUUUUAGACGCGGAGAUUUUCGAAGACGUAAGGCCCAACGCAAAGUCCGUCGGCACAUGGGUUUGGCAGUGGAUGAGGAACCAGAAAGUCCUAGUCCACCUCCGUUACCUUCUACUCCACCAUCAGUGAGCUUACGAGGACCACCACUAGUAAACCAUUCAAUACCUGUAAUAUGGAGCCCACAACAUCAGCAACAAGUACAUGAAUCGCAUCAAACAUUCACUACACAAACACUUCGACAUGCAUCACUCCAACCUUCAAGGAAGCGUCAGUUUGACGUGGCUUCACUUCUCGCUCCUGACGAUCAGCAUAUACAAACGAGUCUUCAUCCUAUUAAAUCUAGCAGGCUCAGUUGCAGUGAAGAUGAGCAGGAGCAGGAUGACGAAGAUGUAGAAGUAGAAAUAGAUGUUGUAGCUGACUCAGAAAGAUCUACAGUAGGUGCUUGUCCACAAACUAUGGAUAGUCAGUGUAAAUGGAAGAAUUCGUCAUUGAAUGCGGAAAACCAGCAAUUUUCGCCAGUGCAUUUACAUAACCAUUUACAUAUACGGAAUUACUAUUUACCAACUAACACAAGUACUAGUUCGAGUGUUUAA